CAAAAUGGACGAACAGGAAUACCAGUCUGAUCAAGAGCAAUAUCUUGAGGAAGGAGAGUAUGAUGACCAGGAGGGGAUCUCUCAGCAGCAAUUAUAUGAUAAUUAUGAAGAAUUUAAAGGAAAUUUCCAAACAUUUUAUCCUGGAAAUGGUACAGAAGGUACUCAAUAUACAGAUCAGCCAGAUUGUGAGUAUUAUCCUGAUCAAGAAGAACAAGUUGAUGAUCAAACCGAGGAGUAUUAUGCAGAAAAUCCAGACUUUGCUCCUCAUGAGGAUGUUGCUACAACUGACGAUUAUGAGAGCGUCCUUCAAACAAUGAGGAACAAGGUGAGAACAAUGAAAUAGAAAACUCAACCCUUCGAGCCACCAAAACUAUCAGAGCUUGCCUCUCUCAACUCGGUCAAGUAAAUCUCAAUUACAUGGUUUGAACAAUAGUGGAAAUAUCUCUCAGCUUAAAAAUUAUGCUAAAGAUCAAAAGCAAAACCAAAGAUGCAUGUCAGGCUUAAUAAGAUUCCCUAAAAAUGAUAUUUCACACAUGAGUGCUAGACAAAAGCUUGGUUCAAGGAGCUCCUCUCUAAACCCGCUCAGGAACCAAUUUAACCCAGUCCAAGAGGUAGGGGAGGACAUCGAUAUUGAAGAGCUCCUACACCAGGUUGAUGCACUGAAGAAGGAAAAUAAAGCACUCAAGGAUUCCAACAGGAGACACAUGCCCUAUAAUAUGCAAGUGAUGCUACUUAAAGCUGAAGAAUCUCAAGUCUUUUUCCAGGAGAAGCUUGAAGCAAAAGAGCAAGAAGUUGAAAAUCUUCACAAGAAGUGUAAAGCUCUUGAUGCAAGGUGUCAUGAAGCCUUCGAAAUCCAGCAAGAAAUGGAGUCUGCUAUUGAAGAUUAUGAGAACAAUACCAGAAGGUGGGAGGACCAACUUAAGUCUAGCAAUAUGAAACUUCACGAAUUACAGAAGAAAUACUCCAACCUUGAGAAACAGAAGAAAAGUCUUCAGUCUAAAGCUGAAAAGCUUGAAUUUGAGAAAUGAAAACUAAGCGAAAAGUGGAUCAGACUCUCAACUAAGAACAAAAAUGAAGACAAAGUCAGGAACAAGCUCAAGGAGGUAGAAGCUGUAAAUUCCAAAAAGGAGAAAGAGAUCAGCACACUUACUGAGAAACUUAACACAAAUGAGAGAGAAAAUGCCAUGCUCCGUAAGGCAAAUGAUAGCCUGCAGGCUACAAUUAACCAACAAGUCAAGAGAAUCAAAACUCUUAAAUCCUCUAAAAGAGAUAAUGAUGAUGAGAAAGAAAUCAGCGAUCAGAUAACCAAUGAACUUAUUGACAAGAUUAAUGCUUAUGAAGGGUCGGUUGAAGAGCUUACUGCUGAUAAUCAGAAUUUAAUUGCUCAAAUAGAAGAACUUAAUGAAUAUGCCCAAAAAGUGCCAGAAUUAGAGGGUGCCAUUCAGGAGCUGCAAGAGCAGCUCCUGAAUAGCCAGAAUUCUGAAGAGGUCAAUUCAAAGUUCCUUCAUAUUAAGGAAGAUUCUAUUUUGAAGAACACAGAAAACCAAAGGCUUAAGGAGAAAAAUGAAAAACUUCAGAAAGAGAUUGAAGAGUUCAAGCGGGAAUUUGAUAAUCUCCAAGACUAUAUCGAUAUGAAAGAUGACCAAAUCGGCAAUAAAUUUAGAGAUGAAGAAGUCUGCAUCUCUAUACAGAUGCUGUUAAAAGAGCUUAUAUUACUCAAUAAAAAGCAAGCUUUUGAUAUUCUUGGAAUUCAGUCCAAAGUCAGUAAAGAAGACCUUGACAGGGUCAUUCAAAGUCACUAUCUAACAGAUCCUUACAUUAGAUUUGUCAUUGUGAACUCAGUUGCUUAUCUCCAAGAAUGUAAGGAGUCACUUAAUUAUCUUAAACAAAAGUAUGCUGAAUCUGAAAUGAAGUAUGAUGAUGUUUUUAGGAAGUACCAGAACUGUCAGAAUCAAAAUGCUCAAUUACAAAACAAUUCUAACGUCCUUGAAAACAAUCUCAAUCAUUUGAUAGAGGAGAAUCAGAAGUUGAACCAAGAGAAAUUCCUAAUUCUUCAAAAUAAGGGACAAAAUCCAUCAAUUCUUCAAAGUAUAGACACUGUGAACCUCCAAAGAACUCUUAAAAAUGAAAAAGAGAACUUGUCACAGUAUGCUUUUGACGAUGAUGAAUCUUCAGUGAAUAUUUAUCAAGGACCACUCUCGAGCAGGAUGCAUGGAAAUCAGAUGUCAGUAGAUCAGAGCAAUCUCCUUUCAACAAGAAUGAGUCAGAAUCUUUCUAAUUAUAAAAAUGGAGGUACUCUAUCCAGCAGAGUAUCUGUGGAUUGCUUCCAAAACAAGGAAGGUGCUAACAAGAAUACUUCUUUCCUAAGCAACAAGAAUUGUGCCUCUACUAAUUCAAUAAGUUUCUAUAAGCCCCAGACUACGUUCAAGAAGUAUAAUAGGAAAGAAGUUAAUAGAUCUAGUGUCAGUAUGAGGAGUAAUGUUAACUCAAGAAUAACCGAUCGAAAUAACUCUAAACGUAUCGAUCAGAGGAUCCACCAAGACAACUCAAGCAACAGGAACACAAGUCGUGCAACUAAGCACUACAAAAAAUAGCCAUAUCUCUAUUACUCAACCUG